GCUGAAAUCCGCCGACGACGACAUUGACGGCCUCCGCUCGACAACCAUCACACAUACCCGAUACCCAAUGCUUGCGACGAUCGCUUCGAGGAGCAUUGGCCCUGUUCUGUGAUCCCCCGCCUCCAGUGCUGCCUGCUGUGAGCACAUUUGAGGCUUGUUUGUUUCGACGACAUAAUACUGUAUAUCCCCCCUGGAGUCGAGCGGGCUGUUGAUUUGGACAUUUCGUUCCUUUUUCAUUUUGCGACGCAUCCCGAGCGCCUUGUUCCGGGGACACCCAACCUCCAGCGAUACAGGCCGAGCAAGCUCCGGGAGUCCACGCCACCUCCGCUUAUCCUCGCGUCAUCUCUCCUCUUUCCAUCGACCCUGACGCUUGGUCGAUAUACGACCUCGUGGCUAUCACGGCUCGCCAACCAUUAGUUCAGGGCAACUACCACCACACCACCACCACCACGACAGCCGCAACCAUGGCAGAGCCAGGCGCCGACGCAGGCGCGCCGAACCUUAACCUCACCGUAGAGGAGAAGAGAGUCUACGGCCAGCUCUUCCGGCAAGCCGACUUGGAUGGGGUGGGUGUUGUCACCGGUGAUGUGGCUGUCAAGUUCUUCGACAAGACGAGGCUGGACUCGAGGGUUCUAGGCGAGAUUUGGCAGAUCGCAGAUCGCGAGAACAGGGGCUUCCUCACCCCCGCCGGCUUCGGCAUUGUCCUCCGCCUCAUCGGCCACGCCCAGGCCGGUCGCGAGCCCGCUGCCGAGGUUGCCCUGCAACCAGGCCCCCUUCCACGAUUCGAUGGAAUCACCAUCCAGGGCGUGGCGGCCCAACCUACCGGACCGCCCCCCGCUGCUGGGCCCAUCCCGGCGCAAGGAACCGGCGGCGUGCGUAUCCCGCCCUUGACUCCCGAAAAGGCGGCCCAAUUCGCUGGUCUUUUCGAGCAGCAGCCGCUGGCGCCCGGAAACAUGCUGCCCGGUGAUCAGGCCCGCCAGAUCUUUGAGCGUUCUGGCCUGCCCACCGAGGUCCUUGGCCGUAUCUGGCAGCUCGCCGAUACUGAGCAGCGUGGCGCGCUGGUUCAGACCGAGUUCAUCAUUGCCAUGCACCUGCUGGCCACUACGAAGCAAGGACAGCUGCGCGCUCUUCCCACCGUUGUACCCGCCGGCCUGUACGAGGCUGCCACCAGGCGCCCUACGGGCAUACCCCGCCAACAAAGCCCGAGUCCUGUCGCUCCUCCCAUUCCCGCCAUCCCACGGCAACUUAGCGGUCAGGCUCAGAUGCGGACGGGCAGCCCCCUCGGCCGAUCGCACCCGGCUCCUCCGGGUGGUGACUGGCUCGUCACGGCGGCCGACAAGGUUCGGUUCGACCAGGAGUACGCAAAACUGGACAAGGCGAAUAGGGGCUUCAUCACGGGCGAGGAGGCUGUACCCUUCUUCAGCCAGUCCAGGCUCCCCGAGGAUACUCUCGCCCAGAUCUGGGACCUGGCCGACCUGACCUCACAGGGCCGCCUGACGCGGGACGAAUUCGCCAUCGCCAUGUAUCUGAUCCGGCAGCAGCGCACCAACCGCGACACCCCGCUGCCGACAACUGUCCCGCAAAACCUUAUUCCCCCAAGCAUGCGCGCGCAGGUCAGGCCGCCGACCGCUACUGGCUCGUCCGCUUUCGAUGUGCCCCAGCAGCCGAUGCCUGCCCCGCAGCCGCAGCCGCAGCCGCAGCCGAAGUCGGCCCUGGACGACCUCUUCGGCCUGGAUUCACCACCAACCAUGCCUGCUGCGCCCGUUCAGAAGGCUGUGACUACCGGAGGGUCCAACGAUCCCUUUGGCAGCAACGCUAGUCCCGCCCCUGCCUCUCCCGCCAGACCCUCGCCCACGACUAGCUCGUUUGCUCCUUUCGUACCGUCGUCAUCCUUUGGUCGUACCCUCACGGCACAGGCUACUGGAGCCUCUACCAGCUCCGCUGGUGGUAUGCAACGAUCGGGAACCCUGCCGCCACAGACCGCCGCCCAGGACGACCUCCUAGGUGACAGCGAUGAUGUCGGCAAGAGCUUGAGUAACGACACGGCGGAGCUGGCGAACCUAUCGAACCAGAUCACGUCUCUCAGCAAGCAUGUGCAGGAAGUGCGAGGUCAGCAGGCCACGACACAGAACGAGCUCACUCAGGCCAGCGCGCAGAAGAAGAACUUUGAGCAGCGGUUGUCGCAGCUUCGUGCAGCAUACGAGAAAGAGGCCAAGGAUGUCAGAGCGCUGGAGGAGCAGCUCAAUGCAUCUCGCACAGAUACAAAGAAACUGCAGACUGAGAUGGCCAUGCUGGAGGGCACAUACCAGGAUCUGCAGGCCCAGCACCGCCAGGUCGCCACGGCCCUUCAGGCUGACCAGCAGGAGAAUGCUGCCUUGAAGGAGCGCAUCCGCGUCGUCAACGCCGAGGUGGCGCAGCUCAAGCCCAAGAUCGAGAAGCUCAGGUCCGAGGCUCGCCAGCAGAAAGGCCUCGUUGCAAUCAACAAGAAGCAGCUGGCCACCAAUGAGGGCGAGCGUGACAAGCUUAACAACGAGGCUGAAGAACUGGCCAAGAGCAACGAGGACUUGGCCAGGCAGGCCAGCACCGGGUCGCCGGUGCCGGCCCCGGCGCAGCUGGCAAGCCCGACCCCAUCUUCGGCUAGCGUCAACAACCCGUUCUUCAGGCGUACGGGCAGCACGGAUAUUAUGGGUGCUUUCGCGUCGCCCGCGGCCAAGCCUUUUGACAAGUCCUUUGACGACGUCUUUGGGCCCUCGCCCUCGUUUCCCGCCUCGACAGGCACCCCGCCGCCUGCCACCGCCUUCGGCCCGCAGCACACAGGAGCGUCCACGGGUAGUGCCGCGUCCUCCUUUGCCACGCCGGCGACGUCCAAUACGCCGAACCUGAGCAGAACGGCAACACUGGCCCCCAACCCCAUCCCGCCGCCACCGUCCCAGACGCGACAGAUCAGCUCCAGCUUCCCCUUCGGCGAGGCCCCCGAGUCCAUGACAUCAUCUCAUCAGAUCUCUCCGCCAGUGAGCAGGAUGGGCCAGCCAGACACACCGCUUGCUGAGGCGGGAGCCAAGUCUCCGGCUGUCUCAGCGCUGGAGCCGAUGGUUACGGGUCAGAGCAUCACGUCGGAGUCGCAGAGGACCCUUGACAACAGGCCCACCAGCAGCGGUAGCAGCGCGCCCAAGCAAGGCGAGGCGGCAGGCGCCCCUGCACAGGGGCGCGCGCACUCGGACAGCAUCAGUGACCCCUUUUCCGCCGUGGAUCAGGCGAAAGCCAAGGAUGACUUCGAGUCUGCGUUUGCCAGCUUCAAGAACGCCCACGGAAAGUCUGUGGGCGGGCCGUCGUCGUCUGGCUCGGCCGCUCCAGGCAACGACGCGUCCAAGGGCGCAUUUGCUGACGCCUUUAACCGCGAGUUCCCGCCCAUCUCGGAGCUCGAGCGCGACGACUAUUCGGACUCGGACAGCGAGAAGGACGGGUUCGAGGACGACUUCGCCCCAGUAUCGCCUCCUACAAACUCUGCCCAACCCGCCAAGGCCCCCGAGGCGACGGCCGUCAAGCCUCCCGCGGCCGAGGGCGCUACGAGGUAUGAUUUGCAGCCGACGAGUUUGUAGCGUGUGUAGAAUUCUUCUUUGAAUCGCGUCACGUCUUCAACACCCAUUAUCCCCAUGGAAUUUCUCCCCGCGUUUCUUUUAGGCGUAGUUCGUGAUGGCUGACUGUCGGAUGUGUAGUGAGGCGGCCCCGUCCCCAACGGCUGCCACCUCGUCGUCAUCCAUCAGCACCGCCAUGCCGGCAGGCCAGUCCAACGUGAACUCCAUCUGGGGUGAUUCCAUGGCCGCAUCCUCCUCUCCCGCACCUGCGGCAGGACAGAGCGAACAGGAAUCAUCAGCUGUGGCCCUUCCGCCACUGCCAGCCAAGCAGGCAUUUGAUGAUCUGGAGGAUGACUUUGAGGGGCUUGAGGACGCAAAGGAGGGAUCCACAGCCGAUGACGACUUUGCCAACAUCUCACGCUCGGCACUUGAUGACUUCAACCCGGUCUUCGACUCGUCUCCGCCGCGUAGCCACGCGGCAAAGAGUGACGGUGGCUCCAACAACGCACCAGCUGGCGGCGCGCCCAACUUCGCCACCGAGAGUAGUAGCUUCGACUUCGUCAGCGGCAGCAGCGCAUCUCUCGGCAGCGGCAGCGGCAUUGGCGCCGCCACGUCGUCGGGCGGCGCGUCAGCCCCGCCUGCCGGCCCCCCGCCCGCUGCCGGUGGGCCGGAGAACCACGAUUGGGACGCACUCUUUGCUAGCCUUGAUGAGCCGCAGCCUGCCUCGGGUGCUGUUCCCACCGCGCCGGGGGCUCCCGCUGUCGCCACCAAUACCGCACCCGGCCCCUCGGGAUCCCCGCCUCCCCCUAGAGCGGCUGCAUCCCCCUCCCCGGCGGCUCCUGUGCCAUCCCGCCCUGCUGCGGCUGGCCGUCUCCUGACCGAGGAGGGCGAGCAUGAUGACCCUAUCCUCAAGAACCUGACUGGCAUGGGUUACCCUCGCGCCGACGCACUGAACGCGCUGGAGAAGUACGACUACAACCUUGAGCGGGCUGCUAACUUCCUCGCCAGCCAGUCGUGAAUAAUAAAUUUCACCUGACGGCUGCUGUACCCGCACACAAUCCGUUGAACGAAGAUUUGAUGGAUGGUGUACAGCCGUGUACCUGAAGCGAAGUCUGCACCGCAAAUCAGCGCAAACCAGCCACCAUCUUGAUUCCUCAUUCUAAAUUCCUCACUCCAAAUUGGACAUCCAAUAUAGGUCCAUCCUCUCACUCGCACUCUUCUUAUUCACUUGAAGUCCCACCAUAAUCCAACGAUCUCUAGUUAUCCGUCUCUGCUUUGUCUGCCUUUUUUUUUUUCUCUCUCCGCAUAGCCCGCUGAACCCCAUUCCCCCCCCCGCGUUUGGCGCGUUUAACGAUGCUUCCUUUGUAAAAACCGUCUCGAUAGUGUGUGCUGUGCGUGUCUUGUGUUGUGAUACCUGGUGGGCCAGACAGAAUUGGGCUGGAUAAACACUGCUUUGCUCCUUUUUUUGUUGUCGUUUUUGUUUUCUCUGAAUCUAUUCCCGUCUGCGGCCUGCAUCGUCUCAUAUGGCGCUGUCAUAAUGCGUUUCUUCGUAAAUACAUCGGUUCAAGCGUCGCCAUCGCUAUCAUCAACCACCUUGUUUGAAAC